GAAUAUGUGAGUAGUCACGUGACUUGAAGUUAUUAAUACAAGAUGUGUGAUUGGUUGAUCGCCUGUCACGUGAUAUUCGGACUAUUGAUACAGUUACUGAUAAACCAUGGAGCCUACGCUGGCUGUAGGUCACAUGAAGGAAUAGACUACCUAACAGCAGAUAAAUAUGGCACAGUAGAUUAUUUUUACUCUCCUGGGACCACUCGGUACCCUAAUUAUACUUAUUAUGACGAUCAGCUCUGUGAAUGGCAGAUUAGAUCAGAGGAGGACAAUCGAUUAGUUAAAAUUCAUUUUAAUCUGAUACAUGUAGAAGAUGAUACCAACUGUGAAUUGGAUAAUAUAACUAUAUAUGACGGUAAGGACACGGAAGCCAUACCAAUAGCAACAAUAUGUGGUAUCGGCAAAAGUCUUAUAUACUACAGCUCGGGGGUCUAUAUGUUCGUUGUGUUCCGUACCAAUCAUCUUAACCACUAUAAAGGAUUCACUGCAAAAUACAAUUCGGAACCUUCACGCACAUCAGGGGGUGGUGGUGCAGGAACAAUGGGCGCCACCAUGGGAAGCAUCGCUGGCGGUGUGCUAAUUAUUGGUGCCAUUUGCUGCUGCUGCUUCAAGAAAGGAAUGAAAGGACGGGCUAUCAAACCAUCAACUACCUUCAGGUUCGGGAACAGGGGACUGUUCUCGGGGAACACAACGACGCUAACUAAUCGGCCACGGAACAACGCAAGAACGACGACCACACAGAGUAUUUUCAACGUUCGCAACAACACCGUGCAAUUUAACAACUGUCCGCUUCAAGCAACUGCUUGUUCGCCGCCGUCCUACUCCUCUUUAGGAAUCAACAGUAAUGGAACCCCGUCCAAAAACCAAGCCCCUCCUCCUGCCUAUUCUUCUUUGCCCAGUGGUCAAAACGAUCCUCUCUCGCCUUCAAUCCUAAUACUGCCAGAGCCACCUCGCUACUCCUCUAUAGCAGGCAACGUCGCUCAUACCGUUUCGGAAACAAAAUUUGUAGUACCACCACAACAACCACGUAAGCAAGCUCCAACGGCCAACAAUGACAGAACAAACAAUCGCGGCCAGCCAGUUUCCCAAACAGCGGCAUCAGUACCGACGAGGAACGAAGAAUCGAUUUGGUCCCCACCUCCUCCAUACGAGUAUAAAUUUUAAGCCACGUGUUAAAUU